ACCCACCAAACAGAUUCCUCACUGAUUAUCUUCUCUCUCCCUCUUCGCGGACUUUUUCUCUCUUUAGAUGGCUCCAACUUUUAGUUCAAGUCCCAAAGCUCCAACAACCAUCAAGUUUCUCUGCAGUUACGGCGGCAAAAUCGUCCCCCGUCCGACUGACGGCGAGCUCCGAUACGUAGGCGGUCAGACUCGAGUUCUCUCCGUCGAUCGUUCGAUUACAUUUUUAGAGCUGAUGGUGAAAUUUGGGGAAUUGUGUGGAUCUUCCAUGGAUUUGAAGUGUAAGUUGCCGAGUGAAGAUCUGGACGUGUUGAUCUCAAUCAAAUCAGAGGAGGAGCUCAGAAGUGUUAUCGGAGAGUACGAUAGGGUUUCGCCGGAGGCCAAAAUUAGAGCCGUGCUUUUUCCGAUCAAAUCUGCGAAGAAAGUCUCGCCUCCGUCGUCUCCUUUGUCGUGUUUCGAUUUUCCCUCGGCUCGGAAACCGCAGCGCCGGGCCGUUCCCGUUGCCGUUGGCUAUUGCGCAGCUCCACCGUUUACGGACCGUUGUUUCUCCCCUGCGGUUGGAUAUCCUGUCAUCGCUGGGGAAUACCGUAACUACGCGGUGACCAGCCCGAGGCACCUCCACCGUGUACCACACCGGAAUUACGCUCAGUAGCAGUAGAGAUUAACACCACAAACUCAAGCACAGAUCAAGAUACCGUGAGUUAACACCUGAGAAAUUCCAAUAUUUUUUUCCUUUGGAAUUAGAAAUUGUAAAUUGGUGUAAUUUCGCGAGUAUUGUAAAUCGUUAUCGAAGGUUUAUUCAGUUCUAUUUUAUCUGAGUUAUCGGAUAUGCAUUAGGCUUCCGAUUAAGCCGCCGUAGAUUGAUGGUUUGCUGGCUGAAUUCUCCGCCGUUACUUGUGAUUUUUCAGCCAUUUGUUUCCAGUGCCGGCGGCGUUCAUGAGAAGCCCUACAAUGACUUCGUGGGCAACAGAAAUUGGGAGUUGCUAAUUAUGAGAGAGAAUUAUAUUUUUGUUAUCGUUAGGGUAUUGGAAGUUGGCAUGCUAUUA